GGGGCCUUUCCAAGAGGAUGUUAUUUACUCAUUCAUUAAACAGACACUUACUGAGGGAUUCGUGUGCCUGGCCCCAUUUUUAGUUCUGGGGUUACCCCUGUAAGCCCAGGGUCCUCAAUUUGAAAUCCAUGAGUUCAUUUUUUAAAUGGUUUUUUCUGGUCCCUGGCUUCAACUCAGUUCUAAAUCCCUGUAGGAACUCACGAGUAGAGAGCAUGGCAUAGAUCACUAGAUUGGAGCAAGGUAGAGCAACAGGGUGGAAACCAGGGCUGGUCUGUUGGGGGUGAUUGUGAGGCAGCUGCACACCCGCCUUAGGCACAACCUGCAUCAUUUGGGAUAGCCCCUGCCUGUGUUCCAAGUCCAGGGUUGUGGGAGUUCUAGGAGCUGCUUUAUCCAUCUAAUAUGUGCUAGGUACUUGAUCUGUUCCUCACCCUUUUCUGGGUGGUACUAGGACACAGCAUGGAGAAGGCAGUCCUGGACCCUGUUCUCACAGGACACCCAGUUCACAGGUAAUAGACUCGUCAAGCAUCACAGUUCCAUGCUGUCAGCUACUAGCCUGGGCGGGGUGUGGUGAGGAUAGGGCUUCCUAAAGAAGGGAAAAAAAUAAAUAGAGUGAGAGACAUCAUCCUCUUUGCUAAGCAAUUUAAAUUGUUCCUUCAUCCCCUCUAGACAUGCUAUCUUCUGGCCUUUCAUGAGGGACAUCCCCAGGUCAGCCCCAAUAUCAUUUUUCACAGGAAGAAAUCUCAGGGUGCAGAAAGACAGAAGGCUAGCUAGUUUUUACAUCAGGGGUGUAACAUCUGGAUGUAAGGGUCCAAAGUUGGUGACUUGUUGGGCUAGAAAGGGCCCCAGAAUGCCUCCCAACUCUCCCCUGGGAGAACCACUGGAAGGGCCUUGACCACUCUGGGAAGUCCUGGCUCUUGUCACUGCUCAUCCAUGUGUUGGGCAACAGCACCCUCUGCUGGUCUCUUCUGGUAAGACUAGUCCCUACCAGGGUUGUGUGUUAGAUCUUAAGCCUUGGCCUCUGCUCCAGAUGCUUAUCCUGGGAAUGCAAGUUGGUAAGUUAUUUCUUUGUUCCUGGACACAGUGCUGGAUGGCUGCACCAAUCUCCAUAGUUCCUGAUCCUGAUGGCCCUUGCGCCCUACAGGAUAAAGAAGCUCUGCAUGCCUGGCCCCUGGUACUCUCCCUGGCUUUACCCCUUGCCACUUCUUUGAAUUUCACAUCAGUGGUUCUCUUGUUCUGAGGGAAUUACAGAUCCAUUUGGGGGUAUAAGAAAAUGCCAGGAUUCUCUACCUUGGAAAGUGUACAUCUACACAUAGUAACUGUCGGUGAGGUUUGCAAGCCUCUGCAGCAAAAUCUUGGUCUUCAAGUUAGAAGUAUGGGCUUAUUGACCAUACUGAAGUCCUUGCAACACCACAACUAUCAGUGCCUCCCUGCCCCUCUGGGUCUUUGCCUCGCACAUCCUGAAACCCUCUCCUCCCUCUCUGCUGCUUAAUUCACACCCUUCAGGCAUUGACUGGAACAGGCAUGCCCUUCCCUGACACUCCAGGCUGGAGAAAGCAGCUCCCUUAGCUCCCUGGAUCAGACAGCCCUGGUCACAAAGGCUGGCCGCUGCUGACAUGUCUGUCACUGUUGGUAACAUGUCAGCAUGAGUCCCUUACCCAUCACCUAGGACAAAUCGGUACUGUGGUUGUCUUCCUCCGGCCUCUGGGAACACAAAGUGUGAGAGGGAGGGGCUCUAGCUUGGAGGUAACCAUCCAUAUGCUAACCAGAGUCUGGGUGAAAUGACAGAAGCAAGAGUCAAGGCUUAGUAAAUGUACUUUGAAGUGGUAAAUGAAGAGGACAGACAGGAACUAAACCAGAAAGCACACCCUCAAGAGGCAGCUGAGGGUGGUCAUUCAGCCAUCGGUUCCACAAUUAGUAUGCCCGGCUCUGAAGGCACAGCAGUGGGCAGUGAGUCAGAUUGCUUCUGACUUUACAAAUUCGGACAGUGGAGGCGGAAGGGCAUCUCUAUCCCUGGCGCCCUUUUCCUUUCUGACUCAGGGUGGGCCCAAAGGAGGGUCGCCUGCGCUUGGGAAGGUCUACGUUCGGCCCGGAACUUUGGUUCUGGGUGCGGUGCGCCACCCGGACUCCGGAGUGUACUCAGCCGGAAGUGGCUGCUGACCGUGGGGCUGGGGCUGGCGUGUGGACCCUGCGGCGGCGGUUAAGACCUGAAGAAUUAGGAUGGAGGCCGUGGCGACCGCGGCGGCGGCGGCGACGACACCGAAGGAGGCAGAUGAAGACUGCACGGAGCCUAGUCCUGGGCACUGGGGAGAGCUAAGCUGGACACCUUCCAGGCCCCAGGAGCAGGGGACAGCAACAGAGGCAGUUCCAAGGGCCCUGGACGAUGACAACUCCGGGACUGAAGACGCAGCAGUGAAUGCCAUGCUGCGCGCGGUGGCAGCCAGCCGCCUAUCCAUAUGCAGCCAGCAGCAGGGCGAGCCUGACCUCACCGAGCGGGAGAAGGUGGCCAUCCUGAGCCAGCUGUACCACGAGAAGCCGCUGGUGUUUCUGGAGCGUUUCCGCACAGGCCUCCGCGAGGAACAUCUCCCCUGCUUUGGCCACUUGCGGGGUGACCACCGUGCAGACUUCUACUGUGCUGAAGUGUCCCGGCAGGGCUCUGCCCGGCCCCGCACCCUGCGCACCCGCCUACGUAACCGGCGCUACGCUGCCCUGCGUGAGCUCAUCCAAGGGGGUGAGUACUUCAGCGAUGAGCAGAUGCGGUUCCGGGCCCCACUGCUGUACGAGCAGUACAUCGGGCAGUACCUGACCCAGGAGGAGCUCAGUACCCGUACCCCAGCCGCCCAGCUGCCCAGGCCCGGCUCACCGGGCACGCCUGCCUGCCCGCUCUCGGACCUGCUGCUCCAGUCCUACCAGGAGCGGGAGCUGCAGCAACGACUGCUCCGGCAGCAGGAGGAGGAGGAGGCCUGCCUGGAAGAGGAGGAGGAGGAGGAGGACAGCGGCGAGGAAGACCAGAGGCCGGAUGGAGACUCGGAGGCCUGGGUCCCUGACUCAGAGGAGAGGCUGAUCCUGCGGGAAGAGUUCACCAGCCGGAUGCACCAGCGCUUCCUGGAUGGCAAGGAUGGAGACUUUGACUACAGCACAGUAGAUGACAACCCUGACUUUGACAAUCUGGACAUCGUGGCCCGGGACGAAGAAGAGAGGUACUUCGAUGAGGAGGAGCCCGAGGAUGCUCCCAGCCCGGAGCUGGAUGGGGACUGAUGGCCCAGCCCCGCCAACCCAACAAGGCAGCUGAUUGCAGGCUGACUCAGUGACUGUCUAGGGGAACCAGGCGGCUACCCCAGCCUGGCUGGGUCUGGUCUCAUCUCAGACGAUCCCUCGCCUCUGCUUCUGGGGUUCCCCACUUUUCUCCCCUUCUUCCUCCCCCUUGAGCCCUGCUUCCAUCUUUCUCUUGCUGUCUCUGGGGUUCUUUCGCCAUCUGUUGGUCUCCUCUCCCUGCCAUUUUCUUGCUUUCUGCGCCUUCCCCUCACUGUCUGCCUUUCUACCGUCCAUGUCUGUCGCCUGCGCCUCCCGCUAUCCAUCUCGGCCUCUGACCUACCACGAGGCCAGGAGCGCGUCCUCCCCUUGGCCAGCCAGUGGGCCCCUUGGUACCUGGAGUGGCCCGGCUGCUCCCAGUGCCCAGCUCGGUCGGGGCUGCCCUGUGGCCCCGGGGCGCCUACCCUCCCUCCACUGCUCUCUCCACCUCUCUUGAUGUCACAACUCGUGGCUGCCUGUCACGUUCCCCUCUCUCCUUGGGCCCCACUGUCUGGGCCUGUGGUUCUUCCCACAGGUACAUUUCCAUCUCCCUCUGGGCCUCUGUGUGCUUUCUGACCCUCUAUCCAUCACUCAGCCUUUAUCUCUGUGUUCUACUCCCCCCACCCCCUCAUGUGACUGCUGAGUAAUUCGGCCUGCACCCCUGACAGUGGCCACUAUUCUCACCUCUCCCUCAGGACCCAGGCCUGGGAGGGGUGGGCAGGGCAGCAUUGGGGAUCCUGGGCUGCCAGCUUGGGUGUGGAGGGAGGGGGGACUCUCUCCUCCCAGUCCCACCACCCCCCUCGGCCCAGUAGCAAUUUUCCUUCCCUUCACUUCCUCCGCCUCCCUCCUGUUUACACUCCCCAAAUACAGGCUGUUAUCAUGGGUCCUGAGUCAUCCCUCAGACACACACACACAUACACACACACACAGCCUGCCCCAGCGGCCCUGCCCCCAGCCGGCCACAGGACCCGCCCCACCGAGCCCCCUGCCGCCCCAGGCUAAUGGGAGCCAGAUGGCCGCCUGGUGACUCAGCCGUGGCCUGUGGGAACCCAGGCGUCCCGCCUUCCCAUGCCCCCACACCCAGCUCAUGCUCCCCCAGUAGACACAGAGAAAGGGCCACCCUGGGGAGAGUGAGGUCAGUGGAGUGAGGCCUGGGGACCCCUCUCCUGUAAGAUGGAAUGGUGGCAUCCUGCCCAGGCCGUGCUGGAGGACCCUCGAAAUUGCCCCCUUAGGCAUGUGGCCCAGAGCCCUAGGGGGAGACCCAGAGGCCUCCUGGGGCCAGGGCACUUAACCCAAGGGCCUUGGCUCUGCCCUCUGGGUCAGCCAGGAUCAGAGCCAGACAGAAAGUGAGAGCUGGAUGGAGGCCAAGGGCCUCUCAGACGCAGAAACUAUUAAAUAAUGAAAGUCCUAGUUAUUGGGCAUUUCUGGCCUAUGCCAGGCCCAAGUGGCGACCUGACUGCGCAGAGUCCCCCAGAUGCUGUGAGCCAGAGACUCAGCUCCAUUUCACAGGUGGGUGAGGGGAGACCCAGAAAGAUGUGACUUGGGGCCCUCAGUGCUGGGAACGCAGGUCUAGAAGCACUCAAGGCCUGUCAGAUAAGGCUGUCAGAGCCAGUGGCUAUGUAGACCGUCUUCCUCAGGUGGAAAGAUGGAGAAAAGCUAGUGCUGAGGAUGGUAGCAGCACCUGAGAUUUUGGGGGCACCCUGCUGUUGGUGCCAUUCUGCACACUGUGGGGACUGAAUCACUUGACGAGAAGCCACUGAGCUGUUGUCAUGGCGUCCUAUGUGGCGGGUGCUGUUGGGAUGGUGCCUCAGUCUCCCAGAGGCCCAAGGUCAGCCGGCCAGCUAGCCCCAGGCCAGGUGGGAAAACAGAGGGGGUGUUAGUGGUGUGUGUCUAGUAGGUGCCUGUGGUCGCGACAGACUUCACAAGGCAGGCGGUGGCCCCUGGGGACGUGCACGCCCCACUGUCUCAUAUUUGAUCAUUAAACUUGUGAUAUACUUUGCCAUACCUAAAUUUGUUAUAUAAUAAAAAAAAAAGUGAUGAGAGACAGCGAUUGAGUGAGCACUGGGGUGAGUCAGAUGGUGGAGACGUGAGCGUCUGUAGCCGAGAGACAGAGGCGGAGCCUGUCCGGAGGCCCUGCAAGGGACACACCCCCGUCAGUAGCAGCCUUCUAGCCACUGAGGCCCCGAGGUGCCCCCAGUUCUGGACCUGGGGUGGGCGGAGAGGCUGAGUCAAG